AUGGGGCGUCGGUACGCGAUGCUGACCGCCUUGAUAACCGUCAUACUCGGGACUUGCUCGACGGCGUCAGCCCUAGGGCAGGUAGAUAAACCUACAGUUGACGGAGGUGGUUGUCCUUCACCCGGCCUGACGCUGAAUGGCACUAGAGUUGUUCCACGGUCGGGCAUGUCACCGGACUUUUCAACACUGUCUGAGGUGAAAUUCCCAGCACGCCUGCCGUCCCCUUCUGGCAAGGGAUCGGCUUCAGUGGCGUCCUCAUCCUCCGUAGAUGCUGAAGCGCCGUCCAGGAUCUGCAAGAUAAAAUGUGUGUCGGGCCAAUGGGUCGGUCCCCUGUGCCAAGAAAUAAAUGGUGAUGGCAGAUUUCAGCCAAUACUAAAAUCAUGUGCAUUGGAAGAAGUGCCACCAAAUCUUAUUUUAUCAUUUAAAAAUCGGAUUAUCAUAGAAUUCAAUACGACAAUACCACACAAUAACACAAUAGCAGCGCGGUGUCAAGAACCUAUAGGCACAUACAAACUUAGCGGACCUCCAGUAUUAAAUUGCAGUAAUGGCAUUUGGUCGAGUCCAAUACCUAAGUGUCAACCAACAACUCUAUUCACUAAUUAUUCAGAAAACUCGCCUCCGACAAUUUUGGUACGGGUUCCGUCAGGAUCAGCAGCUGUAGACCAAAAUGGUGGACUAGUCGUUUUCCCUGGAUCAAUAUUACACUUAGAAUGUCUUUAUUUGAGACGACAUGGCGAUCCGGAAUGGACAUGGACAUCUGAGGCGGAAACUUAUCUUACCGAUGAUUUAGAUGAACACAGGGUCAAAAUAUGUGUAAUGGUUGAAGUGGAGAAAGGUAUACCGAGAGUUAAAAUGAUGAGGGGUUCUCCUGGGAUUAAAUGCAACGUUUUACUAGAUGGCGGUUACUACGUAGUUAGACCGUUAUAA